UCCAUACGUUCACAUGUUGAACGAUACGAGUCCUUGAUCACGAGUGUAUAUUACAUGAUUACAUCUUUUAACUAUUUAUACUCACAUUUCGAGACUAUUUGUGUUGAUUAACUGAGUUAAUUAAUUGGUUUAAUUACUAGCCUGUGGAUGCCAUUAAGUGAUUUUAAUGACUUGAGAGCUAGUUGUUUGAAAACUAUUUAUGUAUGUGCUGGUGAGAGUGACUCUGUUUAUUCAUUUUUUAUCAUUCUUGGAUACGUUGAUAAUCAAUUUGCUGAGUAAUUAAUUCAUUAGCUGUGAGAUACAUUGGAAAUAUUUUUCAUGUAUCUGAUGAAAAAAUGAGUGAAAAGAUAGCAACAUUUAGUUGAAAUCACUGUCACUAAUAAUUAUAACAACAGCAGAGGAAGAGUUUAAAAGAGGAAAAAUAAAAGCGGAAAUGGCUGACGGGCGUGCUUCUGUGCACGGUAAUUAUGUUAACUGGGCAGUUAGCAAUUAAGCAAAGAACCGAGCAAGCGCAGCCUCUUAAUUGCUGCGCGGCCAAACGAAACUUAUAUGUACAGUCUGAGUAGUAUAUCAACUUUGUUCAAUAUUCCUUCACCUCUGCUGUACUUAACCAUCAUUUCUUCCACUUUGUUUGCCAUCACAUUUCCCAUAUCAAUUAGCUAAUCAAUUAUUCGUCUGGCUGGUGAAUGUUAACUGCCAAGUAUCAGCAGGUGACUCUUCACCGUCGGCAAAAUUUUAUCAUCUCGAUUCCACGAGAGUCUAGACGUGGUGGCGACAGCAGAGGAAUCAGUAACUAAAAGCCCUCCGGGGUCACCAAUCCUCGCAAUGACAGUUCAUCAUCAAAGUCAUCACGUAACAGCACUCAGUGGCAUCACGGUCCAAGCUGGAAGUGGUGCUGGGCUUAAUCUAAGUCGCAUGGCUGGUCUUGAUCAUACUCAUAGGGGGCUAGAGAGUCUUGAUAGGCUCUCGAAUGGCCUUGAUGCUCGAAAUAACAACGUCAACAAUAGCAGCAAUCAUAGUAGCAAUCUUGAACGAUCAGGUGAUGCUUCCACAACGAUGCCACAUAGGUCAAGGUUUAUGAUCACUGAUAUUUUGGCCGACGCAUCAAGCCCGUCUUCAUUACCAAGUCAAGAGCCACCUGGUAGUCCUCCUUCAGCUCCACGAGACCUCAGCAUCAGACAGUCCCGUACACCCAGCCUCAAGAGGAAAAGAGAUGACGACAGUGAUGCCAGUCAUCAUGAUCCUUCCUCUGUGCCUUCUAAUGGUGUGAAUGAGGACAAUCAGAAGGAUUCUUCAAUAACACCAAUAUCACCACCGAGCAAGAAGCAACGUAAAGCCCGAACAGCAUUUACUGAUAAUCAACUUCAAACAUUGGAGAAAAGUUUUGAGAGACAAAAGUACCUGAGUGUUCAGGACCGGAUGGAACUCGCGGCUAAGUUAAAUCUAACCGAUACGCAGGUCAAAACGUGGUACCAAAAUAGAAGAACCAAAUGGAAAAGACAAACGAUCGUGAGUUUCGAAAUCUUAGCCGAGGCAGGCAAUUACGUGGCUCUUCACAGUAUGUACGGAAAUCGUCCUGGAGUUCCAACACAACCACCUUACUGGUAUCCUGGAACACCUGUAGCACCACCAAAUGAACUUUUCUAUCGACCACCAGCAGCUGCAGCAGCAAUCACGUUACAAAAACCAAUGCCUCACCGAUUUUAUCCACCAACAAUGCAAAUGCUGACUGCUGGACCAAGCGCAACAUUAGGAAGUUUAGCUGCUAGUUCGAGUCUUUCUAAUUUAAGUAGUUAUUACAACAGAGAAAGUCCUGAAAUCAUGCAAGAUCCUCGAGAUCGAGAACACAUGGAACGUAUAGCAAUGGAAAGAACGAGAAGCAAGAGUCUAGAGAGGUCCCCACCACCAAGAGAAGAUAGUCCAAGAAGCGAACGAGCUGACAGUGAUGAUGAAAGUAUACAUGAUGUCUAGGACUGGGAACUUUCGUUCCAUAUUUGGAACAUUCAAAAGUCUAGUGAUCCUGAUCAGUCACCAGGUUGAUGAUAGAUUAGCAAGUUAAGUGAAUAAACAGAGUGUUACAGAGACAACCGGAUAACGGAAACAAGGAAGAAACGUGAUACGGGCCAUGGCAUAAAGUUUUCAGACAUCUGAGAUUUGCGAGAAAAUAUAAAGCCAGGAUGUGACGUGCGGUUAACCGACUUGAGACUUUAUGCACAUUAAUAAUGUUUGUGGUGGAUAAUCGAGUGUGUAGGAUGGAUAGAUAUAUUCAUACAUAUAAUAAAUCUGACGUGUCAAUUGCAGAAAAUAUGAGGUAUUAAAUUUAAAUGUGCAAUUUGUUUGGCCAAACUCUUAUUCACUACUCUCAUAUCCACAAAGACAAUUAAUUAAAACGAAGGUAAUAAUAAGUGUUGAAGGAAAAAAAAUUAUCAUGAUCCGUUCUAUUAAUUUAAAUUAAUGGCUCAAAUAUUUUGUGUUAAGUAUGUUGGAAUCGAUGGAUAAUUGUUGCCAGGUAUGAAUAUUGUCAUCAAACUAAAUCAUAAGACUUGUUGCUGAAUCAUGAUUAAAUAUUAUCUAUGAUUUUUUAAUUUUACAUGUAGACAAUUGGAUACAUUGUGAAGUGUAAAUAAUGAUACUCAGACUGUGAGUCUUUUUUUUUCAAUUAAUAAGGAAGCAAUUAAGCUUCCAAUUUAGUUUAAGACUUGAAGUUGUAAAUAUGCUGUUCAUUACGAGCGAGAAUAUACGUAAUUUGAAUUGCGAGUGCGGAAGUAUGAAUGUGAAAUGAGUGAGUAUAUAUGAGAAAAUCUCAAUACUUCACUAAUAAAUUAAUUCUAAGAUAAAUCAACUAAUUGAAUAAACAAAUAAAAAAGUGAAAAUAAAUCUAUAUGUUGGCAUAUUGCAAAAUAUUUUUCAGAUUCAAAUAUAUAUAUUAUGCAUUUUUAUUUGGAUAAAAUGUUUUAAAAGCGCCUAGCGCAUUUUAUUUAUUUUUUUUUUAAUUUUUGGCCACACUUCUCCAUCAAUUCGUAACUACGUUACUUAAGAAAAAAAAUUACCAGUAUUAUGAAUGUAUAAAAGUAGAUUAUAUGAUAAAAAUAUGAAUGUGAGGAUAUAUGGUAAUGGUGAUGAUGAUGAUGAUGAUGGUGAUGAAAUGAUGUAGUAUAAAAAAAGUAUGAUAUUAACAGCGAUAAUACUUAAAAAAUGCGUUGUCGUCGCAUCGAAUGCGUUCGAAAAAAAAUGUAACUUGUUCGCCGUGCGAUUAAUGUUAAACCUUGCAGCAAAAAAUAAUAGCGAACUUAUGCUU